CUUCGGACCGGGGAGAUGACCGUGACGCUGCAGGAUAUUGCUAUGAUCACCGGUCUUCCUAUCGAUGGCAAUCCUUUAUGUAUGAACACCGAUUCUGAUGGGUGGCGCGCGCAGAUGCAUGCCCUUAUCGGUAUGGUUCCUCCGGAGCCUCGGGAACCAGAAGCAGAAGAUAAGAAGAAGGAAAGAGUCGCAGCGGGCGCUACUUUCACGUGGAUAUCAUCGAACUUCAGUCAUUGCCCUGAGGAUGCUAAUGAGGACAUGGUGAAGACAUAUGCUCGUGUCUACAUGUGGUACGUGAUAUCCAGGACAAUGUUUGCUGAUGGCACAGGCAAGAAUGCUCCAUGGAUGUGGCUGAAGGCGUUGACCGUCUUUGAUAGCAAAUGGAGUUGGGGUUCGGCGACACUGGCUUACUUGUAUCGACAGUUGGACGAAGCCUGUUGUAGGCACACUGGAGGUAUUGGUGGUUGUCUGCUCGCACUUUCCAUAUGGAGCUGGGAGCGUUUGCCGGUUGGACGACCGAAGACCGUGAAGUACGAGGAUUGGGACGAUAAAGACGACCCACUACGGCUCCCCACCUGGGCUUACAAGUAGGAUGUGUUAAAUGAGACGACGGAUGAUCCCUCGGUAAUGUACAAGUUGUACAAGAGCG